AUGAAGUCCUACGCGUCGGUGCCCGCCGUGAGCGCGGCGGACCUGAGCGACCUGUCGCCGACGUUCCAGUCCGACGGGAGCGACGGUCCGCGCGACCGGUCGGGCGGCGCCGCGGCGCCGCGGCGGCUCGGGCGCUGGGUCAUGGCCGCCGUCACCGUCGGCGCCUUCACCUUCGGCGCCGUCGUGCUGCGCCGCGACGAGCUCGCGACGGGGUCCGUCGUCGGGGACGCGCGCGCGGCCUGGGACCUCGCGAAGACGAUGACGGGCUCGGCCGAGACGAAGAGCCCCGUGCUCCGCGUCUCCAACGACUACGAGCGGUCCACGGGCCGGUCCAUCGGCAACGGCCUCUACAAACACAAGCACCUGGCCCACGUCGCCAAGGAGACGCGCCUCGAGCUCGCGUCCGGCGAGCCCGCGUCGUGGACCAUCGCGACGGCCGGAGGCGAGACGCUCUACGAGAGCGCGCGCCCGGAGCCCCGCGUCGACUUCGCCUUCCCCGACGUGCACACCUACACCGUCCGCGUCUCCGGCGCCAAGGUCCAGUCCGCGUCCUUCGACGUGUCGAGCCGCGUCGUGCGCCAGGAGCUCCGCCAGCUGUCGGACGCCGACCGCGACGCGUACCUGAGCGCGAUGCACACGGUCUACGCGACGAGCCAGGACGAGGGCGAAAGCUUGUACGGGUCGUCCUUCAAGAGCGCCGACUGGCUCAUCCGCGAGCACAUCUACGGCGCCGCGGCCGUCGAGUGCGACCACUGGCACGACGACGCGGGCAUCCUGAACCACCACGUGGGCAUCACGUGGCAGAUGGAGAACUCCAUGCGCUUGGUGGACUCCUCCGUGGCCAUGCACUACUGGGACUACACCUACGACGCCUCGGUCUACGGCGCCGACUGGCAGUCGUCGCCGGUGUUCUACGACUCGUGGUUCGGGACGGCGUCGCCGGCGAACGAGCACCACGUCGUCGACGGCGGCCGCUGGGCCUACACGCAGGUGCUCAGCGGGUCCAAGGCUUUGGCCUUUAGCAACCUGACGAACCCCUACGGCCUCCUGCGGAGCCCCUGGAACACGAACAAGACGCCCUACCUCACGCGGUCCAACUUCACGAACGGCGCGGCCUACGACUCCUACACGACGUUCCCCAUGUGCUCGUCCUUCGCGUCCUGGCUCACGUCCUCGGACUGGGUCGGCGACAUGGUCUUCGCGCUCAACGGCGCGCUCCACGGGCCCGUGCACAUCAUGAUCGGCGGCCAGUGGGACUUCAAGGAGCCGAAAUGGGGCGACCUCACGGCCCAGCUGAGCUUCCCCGACGCGUUCCUGCUCCUCUCCAAGUUCCUCUGGCGCCAGGGCUACGUGCGCUGCCCGGCGACGUGCUCCUGGGACACGGAGCCCGCGGACUGCGAGUGCUCGUGCCCUUCAACUUUGACCGGCGUCGGCGUCACGCGGUCCGCGUCGGAGUUCCUCGAGUUCGCGGGCGUCGACGCGCUGAACCCGAACUCGAACCUCGAACUCCUCAUGGACGAGUACGGCCUCAACGACACGCAGUACCUCGACGCGCUCUGCCACGUGGGCCACCCGGGCGAGAUGUUCACGUCCGCCGCGCCGCAGGACCCGACGUUCUGGCCGCUCCACGGCAACGCGGAGCGCUACCUCCAGUACGCGCGCCUCCUCAAGGCCGAGGGCGUCCUCUCCUUCUCCGAGUCCUGGGGCUACAGCCACGCGCAGGAGCUCCCGAGCGACACGGGCAUCGUCUGCGACUGGUCCGGCGUCGACCCGGCGUCCAUGGAGCUGCCGACCUGCGCCAAGGAGACGUGCCCGGGCCACAAGGGCGACGACCUGCUGCCCUUCGCAGACCUCAUGGACAGCCAGGACGGCCUCUACACGAACAACGAGUUCUACGAGCUCGUCGACCCGACGAACGACGACCUCCCCUACGUCUACGACUCCCUGUCCUACUGGCCGGGCUGCACGGACGACACGCUCCUCUAG